AUUUGCAGAGAAUCUGAGACAAGUGCAGAAACCAACAGCUCUGAGGCUGCAGCAGCCAUCCUCAUCCUCCAACAUGAAGGUCUCCGCUGUGCUUCUGUGCCUGCUGCUUACGGCUGCCACCCUCAGCACCCAGGUGCUCGCCCAGCCAGUUUCUGUCACAACUGUCUGCUGCUUUUCUUUGACUGGCAAGAAGAUCAACUUCCAUCGACUGCAAAGCUACAGAAGAAUCACUGGCAGUAAAUGUCCCCGGGAAGCAGUGAUCUUCAGGACCAAAUUGGCCAAGGAUAUCUGUGCAGACCCCAAGGAGAAGUGGGUCCAGGACGCCAUGAAGCAACUAGACAAGAGAUCCCAAACUCCAAAUCCAUAGAUAUUCUUAGAGUCUGAGAAAUGCUUGACUCACUUUUCUUGGUCUUCCUAAGAUGGGUUCCAAAAUAAUCUCACUAUCAUUUCAAAAUGAGUGGCUUUUAUCUAAUAAUUAAAAAAUAAUUUAAAAUUUAUUUGAGACCCAGCAGGCAUGUAAGCGAUUGGCAUUUUAAACUUAUCUGCCAUGAAUAUCAGUUGUUUUUAAAAUAUAAAACCUUGUUCAUUAGACUGUGCAUUAGAUCACUGUGUAAAUAUCACUAAUUACUACUCUUUGCUAGUUUGUUUUCUUAAAGAACAACAAUCUAUUACCUCACCUCCCUCAUUCUUUGGCAACCACCAUUUUACUGUUUUGUUUUUUUUUUUUACAAGUUUGACUUUUUUUAGAUUCCACAAUAAGUAAUAUCAUACAGCACUACAACUAUGUAAGAUGAUAAAUGUAGCUAGAAAACCGAUCAUAUUACAAUAUAGAAAUAUAUACAAGUAACAUGUUAUAUACCUUAAAUUUACACAUAAUUUUAUAUGUCAAAUGUAUUCAGUUAAAAAAAUGAAGAAGAAAAAAUAAAAAGUGAAUACAAUAAAACUAUGAAAUGUACAGCUUUGGCCAGGUUGUUUCCCUUCUGGAAGUCCCACUUUCAUCCCCUAUAAAGUAGCAAGUGAGCCUGCAUCUCCUCUUCCCACCUUUCUAUCAUCCUGAAGCAUCCUGGAAAAAAUUAGCAAUGUAAAAAUGUUUUGUUUUGUUUUAAUAUUUAUUUUUAUUUAUUUAUGCAUACAAGAACUGGGAUGAAGGUCAGAGGUGUGGGGAGUGAGAAGAUUCACUAGAGACAGAGUGUGGAGCAGAACAGGUGGAUUUACUGGAAUACACUCGUGAGGGCAGCAGUUGGUGAGACAGGAGAGGUAGGAUGCACCAUGUGAGUUAGUUAGCUCCCUGGCCAGGGAUCAAAGUCAUGAGGCAGUAUCUGGGAUAGCUUGAUAGCACUGAGACUUUAACCUCUGCACCACCAGGGAGGCCCUGUUUUUUGUAUUUUUAAUAAGAUGUAGUUCUUGUGAACCAUGGUGUGACUCAUAAUGUUAAAUGGAAGUUUAUGUUAUUUGAACA